UUUAUUAGUCUGUUACUUUCUAGCAUGCCGCUGGCGGCAAUCGCAAAACCUUUCUGCGGACGUCUUUCGUGACGAAGCCCUGGCUUCGAUAUGCCAAUCGCACGCACAAACGGCUUUGCUAGGGCGUUUUCCCAAGCUAACCGGCCCUACCUCGGCGACCGCGCCACUCAAUAGUCGGAUGCAGAACCCCCCGGCGUUCACUUUCGGUAUACUAAAGCUAGCUCCUGAUGACGGUGUUGAUUGGAUUGUGUCGACUAAUUGAUGACGAUUGAUUUUCGCGACCCUCUCCGCGACAUUUUCACACGAUAAACGACUUUUGCGCCACAAAAUCAAAAUCUCUAUACAGGUGUUUUAAAGACCAAGCCGAGUUGUUUACGGUGACCGCGGAGUCUUGCGGCAGUCCAUUGAACGGGGGCGCGGAGUGGUCUGCAAGCGGCCAGCGCGGCAGUCUGCUAGCAGGCGGGCGUGCGUGCGCUCUCCUGCCACCAACAGCAGCCGCGGGCGGCAGGUGCCGGCAUUGCUCUGCGCCCGCGGAUCGUGAGGCCGCGAGGCCUAGCACCCAGGACGAGUCGGACGAAGGCGGCGCGCCUUCUGGCGCCUGCAUGCUCCUGGCGGCUGCCCUCUUGCUUAGAGCAUGGAUUUCCCCGCCGGGUCGGUCGUGGCGCCGCCCGCGCAAGCGGCUGGCGCGGCGAUGCCAGUUGUUGCAAAUUGUUCGCGCGCUUUCGGUUGUGCACCAGUACCAGCAGCGCAGCGAGCAGGAGUAAAACCUUUUCUGCGCGCGCUGCGCCCAAGCCGCCGCCGCCGCGGCACUGCAUACCGCCUCUCCGGAUACACGGACCUGUGGCAGUUGAGACGUGCGCCUACUAAACUACAUGUCCGAUGAUUUGUUCUGUCAGACGUCUUACUACGAAAGGCAGCGGCUUUCCUGCGCGCCGCAGCUUUCGGAAGCUCUGGCGCAGUUACAGUUUCUCGUACC